CUCGCGGCUUGCGGGGAGUUCGCGGCGGCGGCUGCGCCUCCUCCUCCCGCUGCCGCCGCUGCCCGCGGCCCCGGCGCCCGCCCCCGCCCGCUCCUGCCUUCUGCGCGCCGCCUGCCCUGCCCGGGCCGUGCCGGAUCACGACGGCCUGAGGAGAGAGCGGGCGGUGGCGGCGGCAGCAGCAGCAGCAGCAGCAGCAGCGGUGGGGGCCGCCUCAUCCCCAUCCCGGCUGCCGAAGAGGAGGAGGCGGCGGCAGCAGAGGAGGAGGAGGAGGGCGGCGCUGACGCAGCAGCGUGGAGCCCGGGAGUCGGGCGCCCCGGGAGGGCUCCCGUCGUCGGAUCUCUCCCCAAGAGGGGCCUGCGGCAGCCCAGCGGCGGCGGGAGCGCGCCCCGGACUGGACAUUGAUCCUAUGACGCAUGCCCGGAAGAAACAGCUCUUCCUUCUGAAGCACCCAGCUGGUUCUGCUGGCCAAGCCUCAUCACCCACGGGCAGCAGCAGGAUGGAGAGGACUGAAGCGGAGUGUGACGAGCAGCGGGACGGAGAUGCCGCCGAGGCCCCCAGCUGCCCCGGCGGGUUUGUGGGGACGAACAAAGCCAAGAGCCUGCACGAAGUGCGCAAGACCUACCCGCUGCGGAGACGGCUGCUGCCCUCGGUCAGCAAGAAGACCUGCAAGGUGCUCCUCACCAGGCUGGAGGAUGUGGCUGGGUCCCUGUCAAAGCAGACCCAGAGCUGUCAAAAAAAGGACCUUCCCAGCUGGAUGGAAGGUUUGGGACCUGCCUUGUUCCCCGAACAAGUUCAGGCUGUGGGCGCAGGGCAGAGCGAUUCAGCCGGGGAAAAGCGCGCGGGGACUUACGCAGGGAUGGAGCAAGAGCUGGAGGCUGCUCCCUCGGAGCCCAGGAAGCGCCGGCUGGCCUCGCUCAACGCGGAGGCGGUGAACAACCUGCUGUUCGAGCGCGACGAGGCUCUCUUCAGCCGCCGCUGCCGCAGGGACUCGGCCAGAGCCGACUGCGGCGGCAAGGGCCUGCACUGCAGAGCUGGGGACACCUGGCCCGUGCUGGAGAAACCAGCCCAGGCCAAACCGGGCAAGGGCAAGAGCCGCCACGAGCCCGCCCAGAAGUGCAACAGCUGCGACCACUCGCUAGAGGAGGUCUUUGAGGAUGGGACAAAGAGGGAGGAUGGAGCCGUCUCCUAUCACCCUGCCCCAAAGAGACUGGCCAGCCUGAACGCCGUGGCCUUUCUGAAGCUGACCCAUGAGAAAGACCAACCCCUGAAGCCGAGGAGUAAAUCUGAUGGAGAGGGCAAGUCCGAGAACCACUGUUCAAAGUCAACGCUCAAAUGGGCCAAAGCUGGCAGGAAGAACUGCGUCAAGGCUAAGAAGGAGGUGGCUGGUUUGAAAGUGGAGAGUCAGCAUGGCUGGCAAGGACUCACCCUAGGAGCUUUUGGGAAAGGAGAGCAGCAGGACUCCUCUAGGCUCUACGGGACAGCAGAACCUGUCCCUUACGAGUCGCUGUCCAGCUCCUACGCCAGCACAGAGGGUUUCUACCACAGACUGCCUUUGCUCAUGGGUGGCCAAGCUUCCAUGAAGCCAGAGUAUGGAAGGCCUGGAGAGAAAUCCCCGACCCCCAAACAGGAGUUCCACCAGCCUUCCUUCCCCGUGCAGCAGUUCCCUCCCCUGCCCGUGCCCGGGAACCACACGGACUGCGGAUGCCUCUUUGAGUCCUCGGAUCUGCCGCCGCUGAACGGGUUUUACGUCUACUAUGGCCAAAGCGGAUACAGUGGCUACUCCCACUGCUCCCUCUACCCCAAGGACCAGCUUUCACAACCUGCUACCUGCGAGGGGCUCUUGGUGUCACCCACUUCCUUGCCAUCGGGUGCUCAUUUCCAGCCACUUCCCUGGUGUAACUCUCCGUACUGCUGCGGGGAGGGGACGACCAUCAACAGCUACAGCGUCUGCGGGGUGGUGCAUGUGCCCGAGGGCAGGGUGGGCAGCCUGCACACGGGGCGCAGCAGCUACCCCUACAAAAUGCCUUUUGCAGCAGAGGGCUGCAAGUCUCUGGACCAGCUGAACCUCACAAUCCCCGUGGCAGGACACCCCGCAUCACCUGCCCACCCGCUCUCAGGAUGUCCUGUCCCCAGCGUGCCACCGGCUGCAGAACCUGUUCCUCAUCUGCAGACCCCCAACUCUGACCCUCAGACCAUGGCCCGAGAAUGUCCGCAGAGCUCCAAGCCCCCCAGCGGCUCCAAGUCCGGGCUGCGCAACACCACGGGCUGCCUGCACGCCGCCGACAGCAAGGCGGCAGGAGCUCACUCCCACCCCAAGCAGCAGCGCAUCAGCAGGAGGAGAGCCACCAACGGCUGGAUCCCCGUGGGCACCGCCUGCGAGAAGGCUGUCUACGUUGUGAACGAACCGGAGCCUGCUGUUCGCAAGAGCUACCAGGCGGUGGAGAGGGACGGGGAGAUCAUCCGGGUGCGCGACACUGUGCUCCUCAAGUCAGGGCCCCGCAAGAAGUCCAUGCCCUACGUCGCCAAGAUAUCGGCGCUGUGGGAAGACCCCAAAACAGGGGAGCUGAUGAUGAGCCUCCUGUGGUAUUACAGACCCGAGCACACUCAGGGAGGCCGCAACCCCAGUAUGCACCAGAAUGAGAUCUUUGCAUCCCGGCAUCAGGAUGAAAACAGCGUUGCCUGCAUCGAGGAGAAAUGCUACGUGCUGACCUUUGCAGAGUACUGCAGAUUUUGUGCCUUGGCCAAGCGUCGAGUGGAAGGGAUCCCAGGCAGGAAGACCAUGAUGGUUCCUCCCUCGGAGGAGUACUCCACGCCCCUGCACCGCAAGGUGCCCGAGGACACUGACCCCGAGCUGGUUUUCCUCUGCCGCCACGUCUACGACUUCCGCCACGGCCGCAUCCUCAAGAACCCGCAGUAGCAGCGCGGGGCCGGCGGCAGGCUGGCGGCUUGGGGACAGCCUGGGGACAGCUCUGGACAGCCCAACCUCGUGCCGCUGGAAGCCAGCAGCACCCAGCGCCCUGCCCGCGCCCGGAGAGCGCCCGCAGAGCCCAGCAGCGCUCGCCUGAAGCGUCAGUGAGAGUCUGUACCGGGGAGCAGUGGCUGUGGAGCUAGGUGCUUGCUGCUGGGAAGCUGUCUCUCUGCUUGGAGCCGGAGGGGCUCUCUUGGGAGGGCUUGCAGAGGAUAAAAGCCAGGAAACUGAAUCCAGAGUCAUGCCCUGGGGGCAGAUGGGAUGGUGGAACGGUGCAGGAGGUUGUUUUGGUGCAUUGGAUGAGCCAAGCUGGGGUGGUUGGGUGGUUCUCGUGCCAUGAUGUGCAGUGUGAGGCUGAGGCAGAGCCUCUCCUGUGCUCUGCCACAGAGCAGAGUCUCCUUCAUCCCACAGGACAGGCUGUGAGGAUUCCCAGGUGUAAGAGAAGCUCCAGAAUCCAGCUCUUGCUUUAGAAGCCGUCUGGAUGUGGAGUGGCCUUGUGUCAUGUUUGGAGAGGUUUUGCUCUGUCAAGGGGAGGAGAUGACCCUGAUUUUCCCUUUCUUUUCCUCUUCCCCUCACCUCCCCUUUCUGUGAUCCACCACCUGGACUGGGGCUUGGCAGCCAGGCUUGGAAACCUGCUGCGUGGCAGAGCAGAGAGGGAGCCAGCAGGGCUGUGGGCUUUCCAUCCCAGUGUGGUGUCCCAGAGAGCUGAGUCUCUGCCAUAGUUCCCUGACCUUCCCUGAAGGAUCUCCUGCCCCGUAACACACAGCCCCAGCAGGCUUGUGUGGCUCUGGAGCUGGAAGCACAGAGAGUGGGGUGCACUGGUGAGAACCAUGUCGUAUCUCCUGAGCCUUGCUCUUCCUCUCACGGCAUAGGGGCUGCAGUGAUAGAAGUGGGUUUACUCUUCCCAGUUUUUCCCACUAACACCAUUUACAGUCCCUGUGUCACCCCACAUAGAAUCAUAGAACCACAGAACCAUUGAGGUUGGAAGAGACCACUGAGAUCAUGAAGUCCAACUGCUUGCCUGGAACUCAGAAUCCCACCACUUCUCCAGUGUGAAGCAGCCAGAGGCUGGAGGUGACACAGCAAAGCCUUUUCUUGAGCGAUUUUGGCUUUCUUCAUAUCUUGUGCUCCUCCUCUGUAACUCUCAUGACCCUGGUCACACUGAAGCCAUCAGCAGUGCUGGCUCACCACUGCCCUACAGCUUCUUUCCCUCCAAACUCCUCGUGGUGUCCCAGCGAGCCCACCAGAGUGGCUUUGUGACUCCCAGAAGGAACUGAGCACUGGGAGGUGUUCUCAAGGACAGCUGUGACCCCAGCCUAGCAGUAUCGCCUCUUGCCUUAUGUUCAGAGCCGAGGUAGACCUUGGUUUAUCUUCACACAAACUGCUGGAGUUGAUCCCAGAACAAGCCAAAGGACAGCACUAACAUCCAAGUUGCAAACCCCAAGCUGAUCCAGGUCUAGAUUGCACUAACAUGGAGAAGGAGAAUUGGCACCACCAUGGCCCUACUGGUUGGAGCUGCUUGUCCAAACCUGAGAUCUGCGUUUCUGCAGUCUUCUGAGGCUCCCAAAGUGGUGCAAGUGUUCAUCCUGCUUUAAUGUUGUCCUCCCAGAGGAGGUAGCACUGCCCCUACUCCCCAUGGACUCGAGCACAGUGGCAAUGGCUUCAGGCCUGCUUGACCCAGCACCAAGUCCCUUAGAUGGAGAGAGUUCAACACAGGAGUUCUCCAGAGAUUUGCUCUAUGUACCAAAGAGGGGAACCUGUCUAGAAGAGAGGAGAUGACAAUGCCUGGCACACAGCUCCCUGAUGUCAGGAAAUGAUUCCUGCUCAGUGUCCCAGAGUCAGGGAGGGGUUGGAAGGCAGCUCUGGAGAUCACUGAGGAGGCUGUAAAAGCCCUGUUCAUUCCUGCCAGCAGCAAACACCCAGCUCCAGCAGGUUCGAUCCUGGCAGGCAAGCAGGAAUGUGUGGGUGAAGCAUCUCAUUUAUACCUCAAGGUAAUGCUGGCAUCAAGGAAAUGGCUCAGAUUUCUCCUCAACAAGUCACUUGGGUACCAGUGGUCUCUUAGAAGGGCAUGGUUGGGCUGCUGUGUCAGGAUGGGAGCCAGGAGCACUUCGAGGAUUUUGGGGUGAGGGUGCAAGGGCUGUUGGAGAAAGUGGCCUCUGGUGCUGCUGGGAGGGGACACUCAGUGGUUCUCCCCCUUAGCAGAGAAGGAGGCAGGCCCUGGAGGAGCAGAGCUGCUCCUACCCACCAUGGGAGAGGGGAUGGUGGUGCCCAGUGAGAAAGCUGCUCCCUGGGGCAGUGGCAUACAGUGGUGAGGUGGAAGUCGACAGGAACCCUGCAUGCACACACUUGACUCUGUAGGGACAUCCCUGACACCCAGCCUGGAGCAGGCAAGCUGCCCACAGCCACCUCCCUCUAGCAGAAGUGCCCUCAGGUGCAGGAUGCUUCUAGAGCUACCUGGCAGGCAGAUCCUGAGCACUGCUGCACAGUCAGGGAAGGGUUUGAACCCAGCCUUGGAAACCACAGCAACUCCUGAGCCCUCUCCCCCUCUGCUCCCACCUCUGUCCUGGCUCCUCUCCAGGUAGAAAACAAAUUGUCCUUGCCCUGGGUGUGGAACAGGCUUUAGCCCAUACCAGGGGAGGACACCUCCUGCCUCUGCUCAUGUUAGAAUCCGCUUCAGGCCAAGACCAUUGUCCAAGAUUCCCCUUGGUUGCUUCAUGCUGUUGUGCAGACAGCAUGUAAAAGAGUCGAGAUGUCUUAUCCAUGAUGAUAAAAGAAGGAAAAAACAAACAAAACAAAAACAAAAAACUAUUUCUCUUGCUUUUUUAAUCUAUUAGAUAUGGAAAUAUUUUUUUGAACCUGAAAAUGCAGUGGGUAGAAUUUAAAUGGAAAAGGUUAAGACAUGUAAAAUAUAUUUUAGUUGAUAAUUUUUGUAAAAUGCACUUUUUUUGUGUCUCUUCCCCUGCUUUCCCAGAUCUGUAUUUCAGUGUUUACAGAUGGAAUGAGAACAUUCCCUAUGCCCUCCUUCUGUGAGAAAGAUAUAUUAGAAGUAAUUCUUAACAAAAACAAACACACAAAAAAAGGAAAAAAAAUAAAUUUGACAAAUGGUAUUGAUUUAGAAAA